AGAUUAGUUUCACCGCGCUCUCUGUUGUUUUGUCGUGGUGCUAGUUUAAUACAAACUGAUAGAAAUGUUGUUUCUGUAAGUGGAAAAAUACAGUUUUUGAAUCAGGUCAUUAAUCGCCUGUAAUAUUCUCAUCAUCACAGUCGUGACUAAGUUUUGAAUCAAGCCGGAAAUUCUGGAGGAAUGUCAGCUGAACUGAGAUCUGCUGUGAAUAUGGAGUCUGUUAAAGAGGAGAGUGAGGAAAACACGAGUGAAAUAAAACACGAGGAACCAGAAACCUGGAGAAUAAAAGAGGAACCAGAAACCAGGAAAAUAAAAGAAGAGGAACCAGAAACCUGGAAAAUAAAACAAGAGGAACCAGAAAACUGGAGAAUAAAAGAGGAGGAACCAGAAAUAUUAAGAAUAAAACACGGGGAACCAGAAAUAUUAAGAAUAAAACACGAGGAACCAGAAACCUGCAGAAUAAAAGAAGAGGAAUCAGAAACCUGGAGAAUAAAAGAAGAGGAACCAGAAACCUGGAGAAUAAAACGCGAGGAACAAGGAGAGUUCAUUGAAGAGAAAGAGGAGAAUGAAGAAUCAAGUGAAGUUGAGGACAAAAAUCAUAUUAAAACUGGAGGAAAACCUUUGAGUUGCUCUCAAACCAAACAGAAAGAUAUAAAGAAAAAAAGAGUCAAGAAAUCUUUCAACUGCACUCAGUGUGGAAAGAGUUUCACACACAAAGCAAGUUUUGAGCGUCACAUGAGAGUUCAUACUGUAGAGAAACCUUUCACUUGUGAUCAGUGCGGGAAGAGUUUCAAACAAUCAGCAAACCUUAAGAGACACAUGAAGAUCCACACUGGAGAGAAACCGUAUACAUGUGAUCAAUGCGGUGAAAUGUUUUUAUGGGCUUCACUUCUUAAGAAACACUAUAAAUUUCAUUCAAAGGAGAAACCACAUUCAUGUACUUUGUGUGGUAAGAGUUUAUUGAAUCUACAAAGUUUGAAGGUACAUCAAAAAAUACAUACUAGUGUGAGAGAGCACAUGUGCUUUGAGUGUGAAAAGACUUUUAGUUCAGCGAGCAAUUUAAAACAGCACGAGAGGAUCCACACUGGAGAGAAACCUUAUAAGUGUUCACACUGUGACCAGAGAUUUAAUCAAUCAGCAAAUCUGAAAACACAUGAGAGGAUCCACUCUGGAGAGAAACCUUAUAAGUGUGCACAAUGUGACAAGAGAUUCAGUCGUUUACCAUAUCUGAAAAGACAUGAAAGGAUCCACUCUGGAGACAAACCUUAUAAGUGUUCACACUGUGACCAGAGAUUUAAUCAAUCAACACAUCUGAAAACACAUGAGAGGACCCACACUGGAGAGAAACCUUAUAAGUGUUCACAAUGUGACAAGAGAUUCAAUCGUUUACCAUAUCUGAAAACACAUGAGAGGAUCCACACUGGAGAGAAACCAUAUAAGUGUUCACACUGUGACAAGAGAUUCAGUGAUUCAUCAAGUCUGAUAACACAUGAGAGGAUCCACACAGGAGAGAAACCUUAUAAGUGUUCACACUGUGACAAGAGAUUCAGUGAUUCUUCAUGUGUGAAAUCACAUGAAAGGAUCCAUAAUGGAGAGAAACCUUAUAAGUGUUCACACUGUGACAAGCGAUUCAGUCAUUCAGCAAAUCUGAAAACACAUGUGAGGAUCCACACUGGAGAGAAACCUUAUAAGUGUUCACAGUGUGACAAGAGAUUCAAUCAGAUGCCAAGUCUGAAAACACAUGAGAACAUCCACAAUGGAGAGAAACCUUAUAAAUGUUCACACUGUGACAAGAGAUUCCUUGUUUCAUCACAUCUGAAAAUACAUGAGAGGAUUCACACCGGAGAGAAACCUUAUAAGUGUUCACACUGUGAUAAGAGACAUCGUGAUUCAUCAAGACUGAAAAGACAUGAGAGGAUCCACACUGGAGAGAAACAUUAUAAGUGUUCACACUGUGACAAGAGUUAUAUAGAUUCAUCAAGUCUGAAAAGACAUGAGAGGAUCCACACUGGAGAGAAACCGUAUUAAUGCACUGUAUGUGGGAAGUGUUUCAUUCAGUCAUCUGUUAUACACAGUUAUACAAAAAACAAUCACAGUAAGGCCCCGUACACAUGGAGACAUGUUUAGCUGUAUAUGUAAAUAUUUUGUAUGGUAUAGGUUUCAGCCAGGCGGAUCCGGCAUUUUUGUAGAGUGAAAUCACUAUUUUUUUUUUAACUGGGUCCCAGAGUGGCUGAAUCUAAAAACUACACCUUUGCGUUUUCGUGUGUACAGUCAAUCCAUAUAUUUUGUGAAAUAAUAAUAUCAUGAAAGAUUAUGUGACCCUUCGGCAGCAAUGCACGCAUAGUCCUUUGGUCUGCUCACUUUGUCAGAAAUUAUAUAUAUCCUGUCGGUAAAUUGUGGACAACUCUUUACCUAGCCACAGUCAAGGAUGUUCGGGAAAGACAGAUUGAACAAUCACCAAUAAAGAAAAAUUUAAAGAUUCUGCCAUCUACUGAGGAACUGGACGCGGCUAUAGCUAACGGUAUCAAGCUAGUGCUCAAAGAGCAACAAAGUGCUCUCGAUUCAGUUGUGUCUUCGACUGUAUGAGAAGCAAUAGACUCUGUACUGACUCCAGCAGUCCGCAAUCUACAUUUUGGAGAUACAAACAACCAACAAAUCUGUGAAAGAGCUGAGAGGAGAGGUUGAAAAGCUAGCCAACGCAGCAGACACGUGACCGGGUCGAUUGCGUUCAAGCAGCUGCAUGUGAGGAUAGGAGAACGGUCACAAAGAAAUAUUAAAUAAAAAAAAAUCAAGAAUUAAGAAAUCAAUUGGAACAACUCACCGAAACAAUUACGGACAUUGAGGAUAGGAGCAGCUGAAAUAACGUAUGACUGGUGGGGUUGCCAAAAGGGGCUGAGGGCUCAGAUGCAGAGGGCUUCCUCAGAGCAAAUAUUUCCAAGUAGAUCCCCUCACUGAAAGGCCGUGACAUCAUGAUUGACCAGGCACAUUGCGUGCAUCACGGACGGAAAAACUCAGUUUGGCAAUGUACUCUCAUCUUCCUUGUACUAAGAUGGCAUGACAGGUUGGCGAUCCUGAAAGGUGCUCGGCAGGCAUAUCCGGUGAAAUAUACGCAGGGAAUUGUCACGCUACAAUUUUUUCCUGACUUUAGUCCAGCCACAACUACCAAGAGAACGAGCUUUAAUCCAGUCUUGAAGAAGACGACAGCCCUCGGUCUACAGCCCUCCUCCAAGUUACUUUCUGCAGAACAAUUCUAUACUUUCCCAGUUUAUCUGAAAUGUUAAACUACCCAGAAUAAAACUUGCCAUGUUGCAUUCUAUACUUUUAGGAGGAUUGGGUGUACCCAAUUUUGAAUUAUAUUAUUUGUCCUUUCAACUUAAGGCUCUUCGUAUUUGGGCUGAUGAUCAAUCUAAAGCUUCAGGGAGAGCAAUCGAAGCUGACGAGGGUAAACCACGUAAUCUCCAAGAUAUUUUAUUUGCUGGCACAGGAAAUAAAAAUGAUAAACAUAACUUUUGCCCCUGUUGUGGCCAACU